AUGUGUCCCCUUUCAGCAAGCUUGUAUGUUGGCGCAGUAGGCGACAAACUGAAUGCCGUGCAGCUUGAGUCCAGAACCACGAACAGCUUCUUGGAGGCCAAAGUUGGAGAAGACAACCCAACAACAGAAGACGUCGGCGACGACUCGGAUCAGCUUGAACCAGCUGAGGCAGCUCCAAAAACGUGGGAUUUGCAGGCGGCACUAGGGGACGGCGAGUCGCUCUUGUACGAAAGCGUAUGUUUGGGGGCAGCAAAGGGUAAAUGCUUGCAGAAGGCGUGCAGCCUGUCAAGAUACAAUGACACAGAAUGGAGCACUCCGAUGCCGGUUGUCCUUCAAAUAAUCGCUAAAGAGGAGUCGGAUGAGAAGCGUAUAGUUUGCUACCAGGCCGGAACAGGAAGAAUACAGUUGAAUACUACGGUAUUACCAACGAUGUCAGUAAACAAGCUCAAAACGAAGUCAAUCAUCUUCGUCGGCCAAUUGAUCGGUAGGGACGCGCAUAUAAAUUGCAUAGCAGCUCAGGUGAUGAAUCCAAGCUUGCGCCUCACCGGCUCAUCUUCCAAGACCAACUACAGAGAGAUGAUUGUCACGAGCUAUUUUAAUCUUUAG